CCGCCAUAACAACCCACUUGCACAGUGACCCUGCCAACAGGCUGAUCUCUCUGGAACAAUGAUGUCAACUGUUUGUCCCACCAUUGCCCUCAUUGUUUCAUCUCCCCAACGGUGGCUGGCCGCCGUCUCUCCCCUCCCUCUAUUUUUCCCCUCUCCGUCUCUCUGCCUGUCCCAUCUGGCUGGUCAUGAGGUGACAUUGGCUGCAAAUAGUGCUGAUGCUGCUUAUGUGCAGGACCCAGGAAAUGCCCACGUCUGGAUCCCUGUGCACGUGUUUGUAUGAGGACCAGCUUCCAGAGCAUUAGCCUGCUGGCCCUGCCAGUGCCAGAAGCUUUAGGACUGCGAGCAAAGUGGAUGUGUGGCUUGAAUGGGAAGUGAUGAGUUUGUACGGUGAUGCAUUAGCGCGUAUCAUUUUGCUGUGAGCUCAGAUGUCAAAUAUGAAGUCCUCUACAAAUCUUUGCUGGCAGCGUCAUCCGGUUCUUGGUGGUCAUAUUUGUUGAGUUGUGAAAUAUUUCAUUUUUCCCCCCCGCCCUUGUUAAUCUUGCCAAUUGACAUUUGGGAUGUGUUGCAAACUGGCCACUUUUAAUCACAAAGGUGAUCACAAAAAAAAACGUUUGUAAAUACACGUCAUGUACUGUGUUCACAAUAGUACACUGAACUUUAUCUCCACAAAUGCAACUGCGAUAGCAAAAGUGUGAAAAUUCCGACGUCUUUUAACGCAUCACUUUGCUUUAUUUGGCGUCGUCGUUACCAUGGUGAUAUGCCUUCGCCCCACGCUUGUUGGUGGGUAAAAACUAUUAUUAUGGCCUCGAUGGAUUUACCAGCGACCUAUUAUGGCAAAGUUGACAAAAGAAAUCCGGUCAUUGUGUCUUUUGAGCGAGACAUUAACUCGUUUAUGACUGUCAUGAAACGAGUAUCGUCCACCUGCCAGGACAACGUCUCGUAUGCUAAAGGGAUUACACUGCUGGCAGAGAUCUGGCAAAACUUCAAACCACGCCUACCGUUUAAAUUCUAUCAGGACCGCAUGUUACGAAUUGGAGACUUUCUCACUGGACUAAAGUUGUACCAGGCGGCUCUGUCGCAAGGCUACAGUCUGCACCUGCUUCAGUUCUGCUCAAUGAGUAUAACAGACAUUAAAAGCGUGGACCACUUUAUCAAAUGCUUCUUUCCUGGAGGUUUUGAUCCAGACCAAGAUAUCGUGAUCAUGAAGGUCCGCUCAAUGCUGGGCUGUGCACAGUGCAUAUUUGAGUUGGAGAAAAGGCCCAUGGUUCUCAGCCAGAAGGGGCUUUCGAAACUGCUGCAUGUGCUGAACUUCAUCAGGAUAAUGAUGCAGGCAUUUCAGCAGAACAAGCAUUUCUACUGGAUCACUUAUAAUGGUACGUUGCACAUCUUCAAAAUGUGUACCUACCUGAUGUCUUUGAAUCAUAGUGCAAAGGCAAUGGAGCACAUUCUGUGGGCAAGCGUUACUUUAGAGUCAAACAUGCCCCUCAUGACUAUUAAACAGCUGCCAUGGCUUGUCAAACUCUAUUGUACUGCUUGUUACUGUUACUAUGACAGCCGUGCUUCCCUACAGGCAGAGGAAUUUGCCAGGAGAGCACUUGGAAAAAUCAAUGAACUUGCAGAGCAGGAGAAGGAUAAGGAGAAUGAUGGUGCCGCAAACAAAGAGACUCAAAUGGUCUUUAGAGAAGCCUCCAUCAAGUUGGCUACCAUGAUGUUCAAGCGGGCUGUGUUUGAAACCAGGAGGAAACCCAAACACAUGAUUACAAUCAAGAGCAAAACAACUCCAAAGGACUUUCCAAAUAUCCCGUGGCCUCGUAAUGCCACAGAGCGAAUGCUGAUGGGCCUUUUCGACAGCAGUGCAGCACAAUUCUUGGGCAUCUGUGAAGCUCUUUGGGACAGCUCCAUGCGCCCGCUGCAGGCAAGGCUGCCAGAAGAACUUGAGCUGCAGGAAGUGGUCCUGGAGCUCCUUGCCUCUGGUAUUAGUAUAUUAUCUGGAGUGGCAACUACUACUGAACAGAAACGUCAAGACCAGUCCUGUGCACCUCUCAGUGCAUUGUCCACAACAUCAACGCUGAUGGAAUUAGCUAUUGCAGGAGAACACAAAGUGUCCGUCACGACCGCCGUCAGAUUCAUCAAGUUGAUGAUUCAGGCUAAGCAACCUGAUGUUUUUGUUGAACAUUCACGAAUGAUGCUGGAGAUUUUGUCUGUUGUGGAAGGUCCUGCAUUCAGAAAAGCGGAAUAUGAGCUGUCCUUGAUCAAUGGUUUUAUUACUCUGAAAACCUCACACAGAAGGCGUCAUAGAGAGGACGUCGCUGCUAGUAGAAACAAACUGCGGGGGUCACUCGAUAUCAUCAUCGGCCUGACCGAGACUCUGCACAAGGCAGUUUGCGAGUCUGUUCCAGAGGCCCAGCCGGAUGUCGAAUUAGUUUGGGAUGUUCUGCUCUUUCUCUGGGGGAAACUGAAGCUGGUGAUUCAGAUGGAUCAGAUUAGAAACCCGGAAUACACACAGGACCAUGACAAGUGGGCGUGGUGCCUCUUCAUGCAGUGUGAGGUGGCCUUUGCCUGUGACCUGGCAACGGUCGACUGCAUCAAGACCGCCGAGAUGAUCAACAGUUUAGUCUUACUGCUGGAAAGUGCGGCCGAUCGUACUGAGCAGGUUCCACCUAAAGCCAAAGCGGGUAGUGAGAAGAAAUAUUGCUUCACUCUGCUGAAGGGGUCAUGUAAAGAGCUUCUUCAGAAAGUGUGCAUGGUGGUUGAGAAGGGUUUCAAGGCUCUGGUCAAGCGUGUGGUCACAUUGAUGCCCCAAGAUGGCGCAGCUCCCCUUGACAUUACUUACCUGCUGCGGGAAGAUGGAAAAGGAGAGACUGAAUUAAGCGAGAAGCAAAAAGAAGAAAUUGUGUCGGAUCUAAAAAAAGAAUGGUCCCGCCCGUCCACUCAAACAUGCAUGCUUGCUGUCGACAUUCUACUUGAACUGCACCUUAUCUACCACCGGGCAUCUCUCAAGUUAAUGCAGUUAAAUGCAGUGACAGAAUCUGACCUCCUGGACAAGAUCAAGAAGAACAAAGUGUCUAAAGCACUUUUCCUGAUCCAGAAGUCCUUGCUGUUGUAUGACGGAAAGAAGUCGAAUGAGUCCAGUGUAACCAGGAGUCUACUAGAGGAAGCUUGUGUAUUAAUAGAGAAGGCAGCGAUAGAAGAAAGAAAACUGUAUAUCGCCAACAGCCCAAAGUUAGCACUUGAAAAUAAACGCAAAGUAAUGAAGGACAAAAAGGAAAUCCCUCCACCUCGACCUGUCUUAAUCUCACGCACCAACAGUUCCUUAACCUUUGCCCCUGCUCCUUACCACAUGGAGGAACAAGUGUGCUGGUACCAACUAUGCGGACGCGCAGCCGAGGGCCUCGACCUGAAAGUCCGCCUCGGAGACUGCAGCCUGGCGGGAACUGGGAAUUUGGUGCCGGCAGUAUGCGGUGAAUGGCAGCUGAAGGCCGAGAGGCUGGAACCCAAUCAGAAGUACGUUUUUGCCUUAGCAGCAUACACCAGCCAAGGAAAGUUACUGGGCAAUGCUAUCGGAGCGUCCACCUACACACUGACGACUUCCAUGCCGCAGUCGCUGCUUUCCUCGUGGGCUCACUUGGCACAGGUGGCAUUUCAAACCAAACAAUUUGACAUUGCCAAGAAAGCGUGCAAGGAAUUAUGGAGCCAUUUUACCCUUCCUGACAUUGGACCUGACAAAUCACAGGAUAGACUCACUUCAACAGCACUGCGCAUGAAACAUCUGCAAUGCUCGUCUCCACUCCUGUGCCAGCUCUUCCUCACGUCCAUCUUCAUUGAGACAGACAUCAACAUUCAGCAGCAAUCACUCCUCUGCGACUCAGGAAGCAUCUGUGGACUGUUUGUCUGGAAACAGGAAGUCAGACUAGCCGAAUGUGAACGAUUGUUAGUAGCCAUGGACUUGGCGAUGUGGUUAAACGACAGCAGUUCUGCUGUUCAAGCCGUCAUCAGCUGUUACGGCCUCUUGGUUCCAUUCGUCUUCCAUCAGAUCACUUGUGAUCCUGCAGUCAAGUUGCUGACCAAAUGUUUGAAUGUAUUAAAAGACAAUGAAGGACACCUCAAACAAAAAUGGUCCAGAAACACAGUGGAGACGCUGAUGCAAAUGAUUGGCUGCAUCACCAACUAUCUAACCAAGGCAUUGCGCGCACUGAAUGAGCCUCAGAAGGCCUCCGUGGUGAAAGAUCGCGGUCAAGCUCUUCUCCAAGAUGUCUUUGACGCCCAGGAGAGGUUCAUUGGACUUACUUGCAAACGUCUGUCGUCAAAGAUAGAGGAUCCUGGAGCAUUGAAGAAAGAAAUGAAAAAAAGUGUUCAACUGAAGGCACUAUUUCAGAAAUUCAAGGAUGUCAUCACAGCUGAAACAGAUCCUGACACAGUAAUUGAGACUUCCCCUUCCUUGAACGGUUCUGAGGACACUGCCACUUUGCGUGAGCGGAUCCUCACUAGCACUCUACAGCAUGGCUAUCGAAUUGUGAUGCAGCUCAGCAGCCAUUCAAAUUUCGUGGAGAUUUUCUCGCUCUUACUUCAGAGAGCCUUAGAGGAAGGAGAGAUUGAUCUUGUUUUACAAUGGGGUGAAACCAUAUUUCGUUUUCUCUCCAGGAGAGACGACGAAAUGAUCAAAUCGGCCAAAUGUUCGGACAGAAACAACUCGUGUGAAAAAGAAACCGAGACCACCGCGACGGAAAGUCAAACGUCACAGAAGACAUCGAAAAAGCCUAUUAAGAAACGCAAGAAGUUUCGACGCGGAGCACUUCUGACAGCGAGAACCGUCAGGGAGCUGAAGGCUGUAGAGCGCCUGAUGUCUUCAAUGAACGAUCUGGUGCAACGCCACAUUAGACGGCUUCAGUUGAGAAUGAGAUGCACUGAGGAAAGAGUGUGGAGGUCUCAGAUCAAUUACACCAUCGCUAUGGCACAUCUUGCACGAUUCGAACAGGACCUAGACCCAUUCCACGAAAGGUCCCUGCAAUCCAGGUACAGCCACUUAAAUGCCUCAAUCUUCUUUCUGGCCAACUCUGGUGUCCUGCUGAAGAGGAACUUUGAGGAACAGGAAACCACCAUCUGUGAAGUUAGUUCAGAGACAGACUCAUCACAGUCUGAGUUAUCAGAUGAUGGUUCUAGCAAGGAUGGUGAUAAAAAUGAGACUAGUUUUGACAGUGUGGGGAGUUGCGAGGAGGUUGAAGAACUCCCUCACGAGCUGGAGGUGCCAAAAAUCAUGCCAAUGGACUCACUGGACAAAGCUUCUUUUUAUAUACGAAGAGCCAUGACAUUAGCCCACCGUGGAGGUCACUGGACUAAUUUGCUGAAGCUCUGUCAUACUGUGUGGGAAGAAUUCAACAGACUUACUGCAUUACAAGAGACAAUUUGUCAUUUUCAACCUCCCGCCUUGGUUACAUCGCAUGAGUUGCGCAACACCUUCACCCCCUUAUUAGUGCUGGCGACAGAUCUUAUCAUGGACAUGCUAAGCAGACUGGGACUGUGGCAUCUUUAUGACAGCGUGACCGAGGAAGAGCAGGAGUUCAAUCUUCGUUUCUCAGCCCCACUGGACGACUGCACCCAAGUGGACAUUCGCUUUGUGUACAGUUUGGUGUUACGCACUCUGGAGCUCCUCCACGACUGCGGAAAAUGGGAACACUUGGCCCACUUUGCCCUCAUUUUCAACUCAUACACCCGCGAACGAUUCGCCUUGACCGUGACUCCGCUGUUGGUCCUCGCCCAGAGGAAGCUCCUUGAAAUGAUUUAUGCUAAUGGAGGGUGUAGUGUACCACAACCACACCACGUCAAGACUCAAUGGGCCACCGGCAAGGAGGUAACAUACAAGAGUUACGCCGGGUGUCAGCUGUUCAGCGCGUGGGUUAGUCAAUCUGCCAACCAAUCAUCAAGCUCUGUGAAGUUCGCAGCUAAUGAAGAAACUGAACUCAUAGAUGCGGAAAUCCGACGCUCUCAGGACCUUGUGUGUGUUCCUCUGGAUGUGGCGAACACGCUCCACUUUUACCGUCAAGCUAUUGAAAGAAUACCGCAUUGUCUUCAAGUCUUCCGCUAUAGCAGAUCGUUACUGCUACUGCUACUAGCUCACACACAACCCGGUGUUGAAACCGAGCAGUGCUGUGAGGACACAGAAGAUGUGAUUGAUUUCAAUCCCAUACUUAUCACCACGCCAAAUAUUCAGCCUUGGGACCUGAUUAAUAAAGGCCACAUCACUCCGGAUACGCUCUACAAUCUCCCCGUCAGCCCUGAGUACCUGUCCAGAAUCAUCUCGACAUACUCUGCCGCCACACAAUAUCUUCAGACCAACCACCAAAAAUCCCUCAGUGUGUUUGCUCUGCAUGAAAUGGGAAACCUGCAUUUCUACGAUUCAAACACACGGAUGGCACACUCUUGCUGGAGUAAAGCCGUUGAUGCCGCCUUACACAGCUCAGCGGCGAUCGAUAAAUGGGACUGGGUGUCUUUCGGGGGCGGCACCCAGCAACACACUUUAAGACAGGCUGGUCUUUGGGGAUGUCUGCAGGCUGCUGUGAUCACCGCUAAAAUUGCGCAGUAUAUUCUAACUUCAGAUAUCACCCAGAGGACCAAGUGCUGUCUCUUAUCAGCUCACCUUUUUAAGUGUGUGCUGUGCUGCUCCUUGGCUCAUCCUCUGAAUGACCUCCAGUAUGCUUCACACAGCAUCGGUGAUGCACUUCUUCCCGGAGUCUACCUCUUCUCAGAACCCAACAGAGCUGAUCUCGCCGCCACCGUCGGCGGCCUGAAUUUUAUUUGUCAAUGGCUGUUUAUUGCGGGCUACUAUUUAACGCUCCUGCCCAUGCUGGCACUUUAUCAGCAUCUUGUGGGGACAUUGUGCAGAGACGUUCAACGUAAUGUUGAAAGCAGAAUACUUAAGGUACGAGCGCUCACUGAACUGUGCUUCUUCUCCGAGGCCAUCAAGCAGACUGAGGAGCUUUCAAGAGGGGCCGGGAUUCUUCUUCCUAAUGGACGCUACAUUGUUCGUGAGUCGCUCCAACAGUCAAAGAAGAUGUUUUUGAACAACAAGUCCCUGUUGGACAAUGUCCAGGCUUUAGAAGAACUUGUGAGCUGUGAGCUUUCUCCAGAAGUCAGCAUGCUUUAUGGAUCCACAUUGAGUCUCCGAUUUAACCUCGCCCGCGUUCAGCUCAUCCUGGCCCUCAGUAGCACAGUAACUGGACCUCCUGAGCCAGUGACAGAUUCUCAAGUGGACCCAGAAGAACCGGAAGAAGUCCAAUCGGACACUGAGGACUCGGAGCAACAGAAGGAAAAGCCCAAAGGACUUGCUUCCCUGCAGAGCCUCACACGAGCAAAGAUCAAGUAUCUUCUUCUAGAAGCAGCUGCCCGCUUUUUGGACUCCAUAUUGGAGAAACUUCCGUGUCCCUCCUACAGUGAAAUUGAGAACAUGGAGUUGAAACUUGAGGCAAAUCUUCUCAAGGCCAACCUUUACCUUCAGCAAGGACAUAUUGCACAAAGUUCUGAUGUGGUAGUUUCAUCAUUGGUGCUACUACAGGACAUUAAAGAAUCUAUACCGGAUCAUAAGAAACCAUCUUCUGACCAUCCACCUACUGAAAUCGAACAGAGAACUGAGCCGUGCACACAGUAUGAGGACUGCCCCAGCGCAGUUGAGGCCAGCGAGAGGGUCGGAGGGGGUCUAUGGUUACGUUUCCGCGUGGCACUGCUACGUUGUGUUCUUUUGCAGGCUGCUGAUGUCACAGUUCCCAAUCCAGGUAAGCUUCACGAAAAGGCAGCUCAGGUGUUGAAGCAGAGCCUGGAGGACUGUGUUCUUUUGGGAGAUGUCGACACUCAAGCACUUUUGCUGGUUGAAGGCUCACAAUUAAAAUCACGAAGAAACAGGGGGGAUGAUGGCUUGUUACUACUGCAGGAAGCUGUGAGCCUUCUGUCAGGACGGACUCGCAUGCCACCAGGAUCCAGCGUGACUCUAAUUAGAGCCACUUUGCGUCUUAGUAUCCUAAAAAGCACUCAAAGCAAACUUCUGACUCUAACUCAGAAACUUCUACAAAAACAGCUGUGUGAGUUUGGCGAGAAUGUUAUAUUGGAGGAUGGGAAAGUUUAUAUUUCUCCUCCUGGACCCAAAAACAUUUACCUCCCUUACAUACAAAUGUUAGAUCAGCAAACUUAAUAAAAAGGUGAGUAUUACUUUUAAUACUUUUGACACACACAAAUGUCUUAAUGUUCUCCUACAGUGACAACACUACAAAUAAUGGAUACAUCUAUGCAUAUGUUUUGUAUAUUAAAAAGAUCGGAGUUGUAUAUGUGUACAUUGGUGUGUGUAAUGCUUUCAUGUAAAUUUACUUUCAGGUCAAAUUUUGUAUCUCAGUGCAGUGCAGGAACUUCUGGAACUUGCAAGCCAAUUAAUGAGUUUAUUAAAUAAGAAUAGCAGCUAUUUCUGUUAAGAAUUCAAAUAAGAAGUUAUGAUUUUAAUUAAAAUAAAUGACCUUUUUUGUUCUCCCCCUGGCAAUGCCAUGAUUCAUGUUUUUAUGUAUUUUAUUUUGCCUUAAUUUGUACAGCAUAUCCUGUUCAUUAAUUUAGCAUUUAAUUACUCCACCUAAUCAAUCAAAAGGAUGUUCUCAUUUUUAAAAAUGAUUUUGUAUGAAUGUAUGAAUUUGAUUUAUUGUAAUAAAACACGUUUACAUAUACAG